ACAAAAACAGAGAAAAGAAAAUGGCCCUUGAACGCCCCUUGCCCUUCUUCUUUGGCUUCCCAUACUUCCCAGACGGCGAUGUCGGCAUCACCAUAUCCUCAGAACACUACCAGUUUCAUUCGCAGGUUCUAUCUAGACACUCGGGGUUCUUCAAGGCUGUUCUCGCAAAAGCUCGCGAUAUGUAGAAGAUGCUGGACGAUAAUAACGAUGAUGACGAUGAUGGCGAUGAUCUUCCGUAUAUUGAAUUGGUGUUAGUUAAGUCGGAGAGGUCUAGGCAUGGGGUUUUGGAAGUUCAUGUAAUUGCCGAUUUCGUCCGGCAAGUAGAAAACGUAGCUGUAUCUCCUCCCUGGCCGGAAACGACCUGCAGCCACUGGUUGGACAUUUUCAAGUCCUUCUACGGUAUCAGCCCGGAUCUAUACGCUUUUGGCAUCGACAAUGUACCGACACUCGGCUGCGGGCUGUUCGAUAUAGCGCAUACCAUCCAAGCGAGCAAUUUCAUCAGUGGAGCCAUCACCAACGCGCUCGUUCCCGACCAGAAACUCUACAACUCCAUACCCAAGCUCCCGAUCAAUUGGACAUGUCUGGCAGACCGAAUUCAGUCCGCGGAUAUCCUCAAAGACACCAUCGUCCAUCUCGUUGGAAAUUGGACCAAAAUAUCCCAAGAACAGCGCAGCUGCCUUCCACCCUGGAUCCAUAGACUCUGCGACAUCAAAUUCUUCAAUCUCCUCCAACGCAAAAUCGCCAUUAACAACACCAUCCUAGCCCAUUACCCUACCGACAUCGUACUUACAAACAAGGACGGGGACACCGUACCCAUCGAGGAAAGACAGACGCAAGCAGCAGCGCUCGUAUACAGACAGUGGGUUUGCCAUAAAGUAUACAAAAGACACGCACAUAACGCUGACGAUGGCGGAGCCGAAUUCUACCGUGCCAUCGCGACAGGCGGGGAUCGAUACUUGAAUACAGAGGAAAUGAAGCAAUUUGUGAUGCCGUUGAUGGUGAAUCGGACGCAUUGGCAGGGUUCAAAAACCAUGGCUUAGUUGCCAUAUUUGACGUGCUGUGAAGUCGAUGAUGAGGAUCUGGUUUGGAGGGUCAGGCCGGAUGAUAUGGAGGGCAUGAAUGAUUUCACGAGCGCUUCACUGCAGGAGCUGGUAGUGGCGGGGUUUUGGUCGAUGAAGCGGUUGGAAGAGAUACUUGGGGGUUGGGAUCCCUCGGUGCGGGAUGUCUUGGAGGGGAUGUAGGGACUAUCACUGUCGCUGCUUCCCUUCUCGACAUCCAUAUCCUUGGAUGAUACCAGUUCGUGAGUGAUUGAGGUUUGGUUUCGCCUUUUGCUAGCUCGACAUGGGUUAUUUGCAUUGCAAGGAGUCUUUUAUGUGACCUUUUUUUUGGUUACGAGAUAAGGAGU